AUGACUGGUGGAAUAUUAAGUUCUGUUCUUAUUGGAUUUGGUAGUACUUUUCUUGUUUUACGUGUGAUUAUUCGAAAGCGACAUUUACAACAACAACAAAUUCAAUGGCGAAAACAUCGUAAAAUGAUACUUCAACUAUUGUCUGUCACAUCGCUCUUCUUUAUUUUAUAUUUACCUCCUGUGAUUUUGGGUACUGCAUAUAAACUUGGCCUUCCAUCUGAUGUUGGAGUUCAAUACAAUACAUAUGCUUCAUUAUUCGCUUAUUAUAUUACGUUUCUUUUUCCGUUUACAUGUUUAAGUACAAUACCACAGCUUGGUACUCGAAUAAAAAAUAUUCUUCGAUGUCGAUGGAGACAACAAGCAAAUGUUGUUCAUCCUGAACAAUGGGCUUCACGAGUACCAGUGGUCAGUCGAAUGAACAAACAAUAA